CUCCUCUCCCCAACAGGUACUUCAAAGGUCAUUCUGCAUUCUUCUUUUUUCAUUUGCUUCGCUCCAUUUGAAAUGUCGUCCUGUUCGAGGAUCACCUCUUCAGGAGGGGUUAUGAACAUGACACGGCGCAUGGUCAUGCGUUCUUCACGUCUACUUCAUAACAAUGUUACCUUUAUUCUCCGACCCAAAAACAACACCCUGCCGCUAACUGUGCACUCAACUCUUGUCUCUAAGACAACUAUACCAGUACUUUCACAGCUGAGAUUCUCAACCUCGGCUUACAAUUCUUCUUCCUCCUUUGUAGGGAAGGAUGGAGGAGAGAUAGGAUCCACAACACUUGGACAAGGAAUCCAGCUACCAGCCGUUGGAUCACUACAGCCCAUAGACUAUGCAGCCAUUGAGCAGAAAUGGCUCAAGCGAUGGAAAGAGAUGAAGACAAAGGCAUUGGCAGCGGAGGCAGCCGCAAAUGAAGCUGCCAACAAAGGAAUGACUGAAGAAGCUAUCGAUACAAAACAAUGGACUCCGGAAGAACGAGAAAAAUUUUACAUCCUGUCCAUGUUUCCAUAUCCUUCAGGAGUAUUGCAUAUGGGACAUGUUCGUGUCUAUACGAUCAAUGAUGCCCUAGCGCGCGCCAAGAGGAUGAUGGGGUACGAUGUUGUUAACCCAAUGGGUUGGGACGCCUUCGGACUACCAGCAGAGAAUGCAGCAAUUGAGCGCGGGAUUCAUCCGAAUGAAUGGACUAUCAAGAAUAUUGAUAUCAUGAAGUCGCAGAUGGAAAAGAUCUUGGCAGACUUUGAUUGGGAUAGGGAAUUGAGAACAUGUAGUCCAGAAUAUUAUAAAUGGACCCAGUACCUGUUUUUGAGAUUGCAUGAAGCUGGACUCGCGUAUCAAAAAGAAGCCGUUGUCAAUUGGGAUCCUAUUGACGAAACUGUUCUUGCAAAUGAGCAGGUUGAUGCAGAGGGCAAGUCUUGGAGAUCAGGCGCAGUGGUAGAGAAGCGGAAACUCCGUCAAUGGUUUUUCAAGAUCACAGAAUAUGCUGAUGAUCUCUUACAGGACUUGGAUCGCCUCCAGCAUUGGCCCGAGCGCGUUAAACAUAUGCAAAAGAAUUGGAUUGGUAAAUCUCAGGGCGCAGAGUUUGAUUUUACAAUACCUGGACUUGCUUCUUCCACAAAAUCUGAUGUCAAUCAAAAGAUUCAGGUGUUCACAUCAAGGCCGGAUACGAUUUAUGGGGUUCAGUUCUUGGCUGUGUCAACAGAUCAUCCUAUCCUAAACAAUGUCCCAGAGACCCAUUGGGAGUCCGUAGAAGGAUUUAAGGACAUGAUGAAGAAGGCCAGUUCUCCCGUUGCUGAUCAAGGAGCUGCUCCUGAAGGUGUUCCCACAGGAUUGUUUGCGAGCCAUCCAUUCAUACCGGAUGCAAAGAUCCCAAUCUAUGCUGUUAACUAUGUGCUCUCAGAUUAUGGCACAGGAGCGGUGAUGGGCGUUCCCGGACAUGAUGAGCGUGACUAUGAGUUUGCAACAAAUCAGAAGAUGGACAUCAAGUAUAUUGUGGCACCAGUAAAAGAAUUGAAUGAUCAGGAACCAUCUUUGUCCUUGAACACUGCCCGUGAUGGCCCUAUCACUGCUCGAGGAGUGCUCACAGGUGACAAUGGUGAAUUUUCUCAUAUGGCAAGUGAAGAAGCAGCAGAGGCUGUUGUCAGGAAAGCCACUGAACUAGGGUUUGGCAGAGAAAAGACAAGCUUUCGUAUCCGCGAUUGGCUGCUUUCUCGCCAGCGAUAUUGGGGUGCUCCAAUCCCGAUGAUCCAUUGUAGCGGAUGUGGUCCUGUCCCAGUGCCGGCUCAAGAUCUGCCAGUGCUAUUGCCCAUGGAUGUUUCAUUUACAGGACGUGGAGGUAGCCCUUUGAAACAGAUAGAGAGCUGGGUCAACUGCUCUUGUCCCAAGUGCGGUCGAACAGCGCAGAGAGACACAGACACGAUGGAUACAUUUGUGGACUCUGCUUGGUACUUUUUUCGUUUCCUGGAUCCUCAUAACAAGCACCUACCUUUUUCGCAUGCUAAAGCCACGGCCGGUAUGCCAGUCGAUCUCUACAUUGGAGGUGUAGAACACGCUAUUUUGCACUUGCUCUACUCUCGCUUCAUUUCCAAAUUUGCAUGGAAGACUGGCCUUUACGGCAAAGGUGCUGAGGUUGAGUCAAAGGAAGGUAAAGAGCCUGGAAACGGUGAGCCGUUCAAGGUGUUGAUUACUCAAGGCAUGGUUCAAGGCAGGACGUUCAAGGAUCCGGUCACUGGAGCAUUCUUGAAGCCGUCUGAAGUGGACUUGACGAAUCCUCAAAACCCUAUUCAAAUUUCAACAGGUCAGAGGCCGUUACAAAGCUGGGAAAAGAUGAGUAAGAGCAAGUAUAAUGGAGUCGACCCUGAAGAUAUGAUCCGAUCGCAUGGAGCGGAUGCGACUAGACUACAUGUAUUGUAUAAGGCACCACCAUCUGAGGAACUGGAAUGGGAUGAACUGAGUAUUGUUGGAAUGCAAAGGUUCUUGACAAAAGUAUGGAAGAUUGUGGGCCAAGCGUCAGCAACUCCUUUGGACACUACUUUUAAUACAGAAGAAGGGUUCAAACCAACAUUAGAAGAUUUGAGCAAAGAUGACCGCGAUCUUUGGCGCAUACUUAACACCACUGUAAAGGAGCUUACAACAUCAUUCCAGAGCACAUAUUCGUUCAACACUUCGAUCGCAUUCUUGAUCAAGCUGGCCAAUCAUAUCUCAUCAGUGAAUCCUGCCUCUUCAGUUGCGGGCCAGCCAUCGCCAGUGUCACCAUCGUCAUUAUCCAGAAAAUCGUCUAAAAACAAUAAGACCCAGGCUAUAGUAUCUCCUGAUCUCUACCGUCAUUCUGUCCAGGCCCUUAUCAAGAUGCUGUCUCCUUUCGCUCCCGCAUUUGGUGAAGAAUGCUGGGAGGUACUGAGCAAUAAUACCCCAAUGAUUACGGCUACCGACCCUACUCCUAUUACAAAUGCAACGACAUCAAUCCCCUCACAGGAAUUAACGUCAUCAAGAUUUUCAGUCUUCUCGCAAGCCUGGCCAUCAUUUGAUGAAGAGGCAUUGAAAGCGGAUAAGGCCGUAUGCGGAGUUCAGAUCAAUGGCAAACUAAGGUUUAAUGUUGAGUUUCAGGUGACAGAUCUUCCAGAGGAGAGUGACAAAGCAGGACAGGAGCAAUUUUUGAAGGAGCUAAUUUACAAGCAUGAGCGAGCGAACAAAUGGCUGAAGGAUGAAAAUGGUCAGACACUUCCAGUCAAGAAGAUGAUUGUAGUCAAGGGUGGAAAGCUAGCGAGCAUUGUCCUUUAAUUUAUGAGGUUAUAUAACUAUGUACUAAGAUAAUUGGAUCUAUU